AUGACUCGACAAGCGCCAACCAUCUCGACGCAGGAUGUUCAAGAGUACAUUCAUCGUCAGUCACGGCUUUGUGAUUCCCGCAUCGAAGACGCGUAUAUGAGACUUUCCGGUUGCUACGGCGACAGCAAACCGUCCGCUCCUGCAUCGCGCACUCUGUCGUCAUCGAUGAGCUUGCCAUAUCGGAAACCUCUAGCAAGUGAUACGGUCACACGACCAUCCACAGCGCAUGAAUGUCGCUCAACUGAUCGUAAAACAAUUGAGAAACCUCGAGGAAUUUUGAAGAAGUCUCAGUCUCCAGUGGGCUCAGUUCGUAAAAGGGAAUCUCCCGACGAAUGGUUCCAACGCAUUAUGUACAUCAAGAAUUUGUCACCUCUAGAUUUGUGCGAUCUUUUCUCGCGUGGAGACGCCAGAAAGAACCCGCUGGUAUCGUUGAGCAACGUUUGUGCGGUUCUAUUUGAUCUCGAUCCAGAGUCACUGAAUGGCGCAGAUCCCGUCACGGAAGAGAUGGAGGAAUUUCUGUAUCAAUUCGCUGCAGAACAUGACGGAGAGAUGAUGGUUAAUAUCCGUGAGGCUUUAAGAGCGCUGGAUAUCUGGCAGUCUCGAGUCACUACAUCAGCUCAAAAGAUUUCAUCAAAAUUGGCUUCUAAUCCCCCAGCUAUCCUCGAAUCAAAGAACAAAAAGCUCAAAGAUGUGAUCGCAGAUCUGCAAGAUGCAAACCUUCGACUCAGUAGACAACUAAACCCUGCUAAACUAGCCGCCAUUCGAAAAUCUAACGACGGAAUAUCGCCUUCAACUUGGCCGCCACGAAGUCGAAUAUCCGUGACGUCAAGCGUUGAAUUAUCUCCAAAAAAAUACAAGGCGCCAAACCCACGAAAGUCCUCAUCCCAGAAAGGAAAUUCAUCAAGAUCGGGCUUGCAGGUAGUAAAUCUGCAUGAACAGGAGCUUGUAGAGAUCGCCAGCAAGCUGCAGUUCACUGGUGUGCUGAGACUUGAGCAAUUGUUGGUAGAUGGGGACGCCGACUCAACUGGAUUUGUGUCUUUGAAGCAGCUUUGCUUGCUUUUAGCUGAAGAUUUUGAGUUGAAAGUCAGCGAAUCGAGGCUCGUCGAGGUCUGUCUGGGGAUGAACUUCAACUCCGACGGUCAGCUAGACUACAAGGAGUUUGUCGACGUGUUGAUGGAUAUUCUCAUCUAUGCGCUACCGGACAUUCGCGAGUCUGCGAAGAAAAAAUCUAUUCAGUGUCUGGAUCAGUAUCUGCAGAGCGGAUUCCCAUCUGGACGGGAAGAUGUUCGCCAACUUCUAGAUGCGCUUUGCUCUAAAUAUGAUUUAGAAGGUGGCCAGAUUAUCCCGAUUAAGGAUUUGGUUCGUGUAUUUCACGAGGAUUUGGUCAAGUACCACGAAGACGAGUUACCUUUUACGCUUGAAGAGCACGAGACUAUUCAGCUUGCUCGCCCUUUUAUUCAGCACAAGUCGCACGACUCAACAUCGGAGGGUUUUGUCGCUUAUCCUGAGCUACUUGACGCGAUAUUGGGACCAUUUCCUACCGGUGAAGAGAAAGGUGCAAAGCAACUAAAACGAGCUUUAUCGUGGGAAUUCUGGCACAAUAUUUUGAUGGCAUUAUGCGGUGGUGACGCACGUAUGAAGCAGAAAAUUGUGGCUCAACUUGUGAAAAUCAUGACAAAAGUGGAUCCUGACAAAACAUUCACGAUCUCAACGAGACAUUUCAAACGAAUAUUUGAACGACAUCUUAGUCCAGAAGACAUGGAAAUUCUGGCAGAGAUUUUAGCAACAUCAGAAACUGUAUCAGAUUUGAGAUACGAUGUUCUGUUGAAACUGGUGUUUGGAUCUCCUGAGCUACACGACAAAGCGUUUUUCAAGAGCAUUCGCACGAAGAUUCUACGUGAGGAACCCCUUGUCAAAGAGCUGACGACUCGAGGAUCUUCACACAAACUUACCAUUCAGGAUUUCCAUGAAACUUUCAUCGUUCAGGCAGAGGAACCAUUGACAACAAUUGAAAUGUUGUUUCUAUUCGCAUCCAUAGAUUCUGAUCACGAUGGAUCAAUCCACGCAAAAACACUCCAGAAUUUCCUAACAAGGAGCGAUUGGAGUGAUACUAAACGCCACACGGAUGACACCACGGCACCCCUUCAAGCUGCUGAUACGGAGGACAUUGAAAUGGUCAAGAAACUUGUUGCGAAGUGCUGUUCUGGAUACGAUUUACAACGUUCACUUGACACUCUUGGUCGCAAUUCUGAGGGGUGGAUUUCUCAAGCUGCUAUGUUGCUAGAACUGAGUAAAAUGUUGCACAAGCUGGGUGUUGUUGGUGUACAUCAGAGCGAUCUAAAACACCUGGUUCAGAAUAUAUCUCAACACACCAUUGGAGAUGGUCCAAGAUCUGCACUUCGAGAUGGAAUACUCGUCCAUUGUGACGCUUUCUUUGAUGCAUUACUGGACUGGAACUCACUGAUUAUCAAAAUGAGGUUGUCAGAUUCCUUAGUCGAGGUCAAGAAAGUGUUUGAGAAGUUUGACCGGGAGCACAACGGAACUAUCCGAAGCGAGGACUGGAACAAAGCUUAUCGUCUAAUUUGUGACGACGACAAAGACAUGAGCGAGUGGGAAGUCCGUGUGUUGCAACGGAGAUUCCCUGGGCACACGAAGCGAGAAGAAACUAUCGAUUACGCUCGAUUAAUCGUGUUUUUACUCGACUUUCAGCAGCGGCAUGCUAGAAAAACUCUACAAAUUCGCGUUUUAAAACAUUUCCAGCAGCGAGUUACUUCUACUAUGUCGACAGCUAAAAUGGAGAGACUGUUCCAAACACUUGAUACCGACAAGAAAGGGUAUUUUAACGCGGCAGAUUUGAAGACAUAUCUUAGUGAGGAGUUCGCGAAAGAAAGCGAGGAGGUACUGGAGGAAGAUAAGUGCUCCGUGCUGUUAAACAGUGCUGACGCGUUGGCGUCCGUGAUCCAUCUUCUGGCUGGUGAAAGGCUUGCUCAGUCUUACCAAAAUCCAACGAGCUCUGAUCCGCCUGCUGUUGUCACUUUCAAACGUUUUUGCCACAUUAAGUUCACGAAUUCAUCCGUCGCACUCACACAACAGAAAAUCGAGCGAAUUAGCUGA